GGCGACGAUGGACAAGAUCCUGGAGGGCCUGGUGAGUUCCUCGCAUCCUCUGCCCCUCAAGCGGAUGAUUGUGCGGAAGGUGGUGGAGUCCGCGGAGCACUGGCUCGACGGGGCGCAGUGCGAGGCCAUGUUUGACCUGACGACCCGUCUCAUCCUGGAGGGCCCGGACCCUUUCCAGCGACAAGUGGGCCACCAGGUGCUGGAGGCCUACGCGCGGUACCACCGGCCGGAGUUCGAGUCCUUCUUCAACAAGACCUUCGUGUUGGGCCUCCUUCAGCAGGGCUACCACUCACUGGACAGGAAGGACGUAGCCAUCCUGGACUACAUUCACAACGGCCUGAAGCUAAUCAUGAGCUGCCCGUCGGUGCUGGACCUCUUCAGCCUGCUUCAGGUGGAGGUGCUGCGCCUGGUCUGUGAGAGGCCAGAGCCACAGCUCUGUGCCCGCCUCAGCGACCUUCUGACAGAUUUCGUGCAGUGCGUCCCCAAAGGGAAACUGGCCAUUACCUUCUGUCAACAGCUGGUUCGAACGAUAGGGCACUUCCAGUGUGUGUCCACCCAGGAGAAGGAGCUGCGGGAGUAUGUCUCCCAGGUGACGAAAGUGAGUAACUUACUACAAAAUAUCUGGAAGGCCGAGCCCUCCACGCUGCUACCUUCUCUGCAAGAAGUUUUUGCAAGCAUCUCUUCCACAGAUGCAUCCUUUGAGCCCUCAGUCGCCUUGGCCAGCCUUGUGCAGCAUAUUCCUCUGCAGAUGAUCACGGUCCUCAUCCGGAGCCUGACCGCCGACCCGAAUGUAAAAGACGCCAGUAUGACCCAGGCUCUCUGCAGAAUGAUUGACUGGCUAUCUUGGCCGUUGGCUCAGCAUGUGGAUACAUGGGUAAUUGCUCUCCUGAAAGGACUGGCAGCUGUUCAGAAGUUUACUAUUUUGAUUGACGUUACUUUGCUGAAAAUAGAACUGGUUUUUAAUCGACUUUGGUUUCCUCUUGUGAGACCUGGUGCUCUUGCAGUUCUCUCUCAUAUGCUGCUUAGUUUUCAGCAUUCUCCAGAGGCAUUCCAUUUGAUUGUUCCUCAUGUAGUUAACUUGGUUCACUCCUUCAGAAGUGAUGGCCUGCCUUCUAGCACAGCCUUCUUAGUGCAGGUAACGGAGUUGGUGCACUGUAUGAUGUAUCACUACUCCGGAUUUCCGGAUCUCUACGAACCUAUUCUGGAGGCAGUAAAGGAUUUUCCUAAACCCAGUGAAGAGAAGAUUAAGUUGAUUCUCAAUCAAAGUGCCUGGACUUCUCAAUCCAAUGCUUUGGCGUCUUGCUUGUCUAGACUUUCUGGAAAAUCUGAAACUGGGAAAACUGGUCUUAUUAACCUGGGAAACACAUGUUACAUGAACAGUGUUUUACAAGCAUUGUUUAUGGCUACAGAUUUCAGAAGACAAGUGUUAUCUUUAAAUCUAAAUGGGUGUAAUUCUUUAAUGAAAAAAUUGCAACAUCUUUUUGCCUUUUUGGCUCAUACACAAAGGGAAGCAUAUGCACCUCGGAUAUUCUUUGAGGCUUCCAGACCUCCGUGGUUUACUCCCAGGUCGCAGCAAGACUGCUCUGAGUACCUCAGAUUUCUGCUGGACAGGCUCCAUGAAGAAGAAAAGAUCUUACGCGUUCAGUCCUCGCAUGAACCUUCAGAAGGCCCGGCCUGUGCUGACACUUCUUUACAGGAAGUGUCCAGUAAGGCAGCUGCAGCCACGGGGUCUCCUGGCACCAGUGCCAGUGAGGAGAAGACUUUAGUAGAGAGGAUGUUUGGAGGGAAGCUGCGGACCCAUGUCUGCUGCCUGAACUGCAGGAGCACCUCACAGAAGCUGGAGGCCUUCACAGACCUCUCGCUGGCCUUUCGCCCUGCCCCUUCUGUGGAAGACUUGUCUUUUCAAAAUCCAGCUUCCUUACCCAGUGCACAAGAUGAUGGCCUAAUGCAAACCAGUGUGGCUGACCCGGAGGAAGAGCCAAUAGUUUAUAACCCAGCAACAGCAGCUUUCGUCUGCGACUCGAUUGUGAAUGAGAGAAUAUUAGGCAGUCCUCCUGUUGAAUUUCAUUGUGCAGAAAACAAUUCUGUCCCUAGUGAGUCUACAAAGAUUCUCAUCAGUAAGGAUGUGCCUCAGAAUCCAGGAGGUGAAGCCACACCUUCGGUAACUGACUUACUAAACUAUUUUCUGGCUCCAGAGAUUCUGACUGGUGACAACCAAUACUAUUGUGAAAACUGUGCCUCUCUGCAGAAUGCUGAGAAAACUAUGCAAAUCACGGAGGAGCCCGAGUACCUUAUUCUUACCCUCCUGAGGUUCUCGUAUGACCAGAAGUACCAUGUGAGAAGGAAAAUCCUAGACAAUGUGUCACUGCCACUGGUUUUGGAGUUGCCAGUUAGAAGAACUGCUUCCUUCUCUUCCUUGGCGGAAAGUUGGUCUGUAGAUGUUGACUUCACUGAUAUUAAUGAGAACCUAGCUAAAAAACUAAAGCCUUCUGCAACUGAAGAAGCUUUCUGCCCCACACUAGUACCCUACUUAUUAAGUUCUGUUGUUGUGCACUCUGGGGUGUCCUCUGAAAGUGGACAUUACUAUUCUUAUGCCAGAAACAUCACAGGUACAGAGUCUUCAUACCAGAUGUGCCCCGAGUCUGAACAUCUGGCAUUAGCCCCCUCCCAGAGUUGUUUACUAAGGGGAGAAAGCCCCAGUGCAGUCAUUGAACAGGACUUGGAAAAUAAGGAAAUGUCACAAGAGUGGUUUUUAUUUAAUGACAGCAGGGUGACAUUUACUUCGUUUCAGUCAGUCCAGAAAAUCACAAGUAGGUUUCCAAAAGACACAGCUUACGUGCUUUUGUACAAAAAACAGAACAGUGCUAAUGGCGUACGCGGUGACAAUCCAGCCAGUGGUGUCUGGGUCAAUGGAGACCCACCACUGCAGAAAGAGCUAAUGGACGCCAUAACAAAGGACAACAAACUGUAUCUACAGGAACAAGAGUUGAAUGCUCGUGCCCGGGCCCUACAAGCUGCAUCUGCUUCAUGUUCAUUUCGGCCCAAUGGAUUUGAUGACAAUGAUCCACCAGGGAGCUGUGGGCCAACUGGUGGAGGGGGUGGAGGAGGAUUUAAUACAGUUGGCAGACUCGUAUUUUGACCCUGAGAGAAUUGAAAAUGCAUCUGGUCACAAAACAUCCAGUACUAUGGCUGUUAAAAUGUCAGGCUGUAAUGGAUAGCAUAUCUAUCUUAUUUUUCUUUUCAUUAGACCCAAAUACUUUAAGAAAACACACUCAGUGUUUUUAUUUUCUUGAAAUACAAAAUGCAUCAUGGAAAAAAAAAUCUACCUCUUAAACUUCCAUUUGCAUUUAUGGUUAGACAUGCUUGACCAAAAAUGUUGAGAGGAAAAAAGCAUACCUGGUCCCUAAUUAAGCUGCAUUAAAUUUGGUAGAAGGAUUUAAAUGUUGUAUUUUCAGUUUUACUGAACGAAAAUAAUCCAUUUAGCAUUCUUUAUAAAAGAAUUGAGCUAGAGGUUCAAUAUAUAUGUUGUUUUAAGAAAAAUGAAAAUCUUUGUUUCUGGUAGAAUUACCCCAUUAUUAAAUUCAAGUCUUUGGGAAUAGUAAAGAUGCCCAGUCUCUGGAGGCAAUAACAGUUUAGACUUCAGCUGCCAGACUUGGGGCCUUCUGCGCAUGCUGGCCUCAGCAUCACUCUUGGUUUCAAGAACUCGUGUCUUUUAAAGGAUUAUUUACACACACAUGGUGAAUGAAUUUACAGAAGGUGCAUGACCCUGUAAGGGCAGUGUUUUUAACCUGACUUUGUAGUAUUUCCAGUUGUCCAAGGACUUUAAAAUCCUGUUUUAGGGAGUAUAUCUCUUGUGUGUUUUCACAGGAGUUGAGUCCUGUAUGUGCCUUGCAGUACUGUAAUUCAAACAUAGGUAUCUUUGGCUGCAGAAAGUUUUCUAAAACAAAAUGUUAGGAAGUAAAUUUUGUGCUAACAUUAAAAUUAUAAUUUUUAAAGGUAUUAGAUUUUUUCAGAAGUAAAAUCUGACGGUUCUAAAGCAGUAAGUGUAAUGGUAAAUUUCUAACUCUUAGAAAAAUUCAGAGGAAAUGAAGCUAGUUUAAGUAAAAGAUCUUCAAUUGAUUUGUUACUGAAUCCUCAAAACAUUAAACAUUGAUAAUAUGUUUAGAGUUGUA